UUUUCUUUCUGUUUUUGUUUAUGCUGGCAUAGUGGCUACAAAAUAUUUUGUGACGUGACCGGAGAUUUCUUUUUAAUUUUUCAAAAUCUGUAAAAUUAAACAUGUUUAAUGAGUGAAACAUAGCAAUUUAAAACUUGUAAUAAGUCAAUAAUUUUUUUCGUAUUUCACUUCUACUAUUAAAAGAUAUGGCACCGCAAAAAGGAAAACAAGGUACAAAAGGCCAGAAACAAAUUGUGGAGGAAAAUAAAGAAACCUUAAAAUUUUACACAAUUAUGGCAGUAGGUGCUGAGCUUCUUUACAUUAUACCAAUGGUGACUGUAUUUUGGGAAUCCUAUUCUCUAUUUUUAAUUAUUUUGACAUCUCUAACAAUUCUUUUAUAUUCUGGAAGUCUUGAAUUUAUGCGAGGAAUGGCUAGAGCUACGUAUUCUGAGACUGGGCAGCUCCUUGAUGGAGGUAUUGAUCUCAAUAUGGAAGCUGGAUUUGCAGAACAUUUGAAAGAUUUAAUAAUAUUAACUGCAGCAGUUCAAGUUCUGUCCCUGAUAUCGACCUACUUUUGGUUGCUAUGGCUAGUGGCUCCUGGUAGAGCUUUUUAUCUUCUAUGGGUUAAUAUUCUCUCACCAUGGUUCUUUAGCCCAGCUCCAGAAGUGGAUGAAAAGAAACAAAAGAAAUUAGAAAGAAAGGCUAAGCGGCGUUAAACACACUUACUCCAAUCAAUAUUAAUUUAUUUUUCCAAUUUUGUUAUUACUGUGUUUUCUUAUGGAUUUCUAUUUUUGUUUAAUCUCUUUUCUAAUUAUGAUUGUUAUAAAAUUACAUUUUGAUUAUUAUUUAAUAUUUUACGAAAGUGCCUCUUUGAUACUUAUUUGAUUUGUGUAUUUGCAUGUUUUAUAAUUCAGAAUUAAUAUAUGUAUUUGUAUCAUUCAACUUGAAUUAUUUAUGAUGCAUUGAAUAUGCAUGAUUAUCUAAAGUAUAUAAUCCAUACAUAAAUCUAACAUGACAUAAUAAUGUAUCAUUAAAAAUAGCAUUUUUUUUAACUUCAUGAUAACUUUGAUACAGUAUCUCAUUAAACAUUUCAUUUUUAUUAUAAAUAUUAUUUAAAUAUAAAUAUCUGUAAAAAACAAUAAACUAUUUAUUGACCUGUAGAA